AUGGAUAGAGAGGAAGAAGCGGCUAUCCCAUCUAGCUUGAGUUCUCUGCAGAAGUUCAAUAGGAUUGUGGAUAGUGCAACGAACACAGAAGCUGUGCACAUGUGCAUGCAUGACUUACUCGACGAAGACGUCUACUAUAGGUUGAAUCCUUACAUGACAUUUCCCUACGGACUUGAUGAGAUCGACUCCAAAAAAUUGGAACAAAUGCAAAACGAUGCGAAGUUGUAUGUUCGACGUAAUGCCGCGAAAAUAGGUGAUGCCGCCUCAAGAUUGCUGGAGUUUACGAUUGUCAAGCAGUAUGAAAGGGAGGGUUAUGGUGACGCUUGA